AUCAGCUGCGCGCUACGUCUGAGGAAGCCGCAGAAGAAACUUUGACCAGCUCAGUUGUUAGCCUAGCAGCGGAGACACACAUCUCCUUUAUUGUUUACCAGUCCCGUAUUUGCUCGACUAGCCCUUUGAAAAAGAUGUGGUUUAUUUAUUUACUCAGCUGGUUGUCGAUGGUGGUGCAGAUAUGUUUCGUUACUCUCGCUAUCGCUGCAGGCCUGUAUUAUCUGGCAGAGUUAAUAGAAGAGUACACAGUCUCCACUAGCCGCAUUAUAAAAUACAUGAUUAUGUUCUCCACAGCGGUGCUGGUGGGACUCUAUCUGUUCGAGGGCUUCCCCACGCUCAUGAUCGGAGUGGGUCUCUUCACCAACCUGGUUUACUUCGGUCUGCUGCAGACGUUUCCAUACAUCAUGCUGACCUCGCCAAACUUCAUCCUGUCAUGUGCACUGGUUGUGGUAAACCACUAUAUGGCCUUCCAGUAUUUUGCGGAGGAGUACUAUCCUUUCUCUGAGGUUCUAGCGUACUUCACUAUAUGUCUGUGGGUGAUUCCGUUCUCCUUCUUUGUUUCGCUCUCUGCUGGGGAGAAUGUUCUUCCAUCCACUGUGCAGCAGGGAGAUGAUGUGGUGUCAAAUUACUUCACUAAAGGCAAGCGGGGCAAGCGCUCAGGCAUCCUGCUCAUCUUCUCCUUCCUGAAGGAGGCUGUUUUGCCAAGCCGACAGAAGAUGUACUGAUGAAGUGGUACAGAUGCGCAUCGAACGGAGGGGUUUGGGAGGGUUUGUUCAGGCCACCGGCCCCUUUCAGUGGACAGUGUGUUUUUGUGAGAGGAAAGAUAAUAAUGAGAUUGAAUCUGUAGCCGAGGGAGAGGACCAGAUCAGAACAAACGCACACAAACAAACCCUCGAAUGAACUUACUGUCUGUUGAUUCAUGUCCAGAGUCGCCAGCUAAUUUCUUCUUAGGCGUCUAAAGCCAUGAAAGGACUUGAGAAGUCUUUCAUUCGUGAAGGCUUGAUCUUUUGACGUGUCUGUCCCUGGAUGAUUGUUGACGGGGCUUCAGCUUCUCUAGAGGCUCCUGCUGAUUUUCUUCUGAUUGCAUCACUUCGAAAGCCAAUGUUUGUGAUGCUUCGCUCAUGAAUAAAUUGAUAUGUCUGGAUUAUUUGUUCACAUUUUAAAGGAAUGUUUUACCCUGAAUCCAAUGUUCAGAUCGCUCACCCUUCAUCACAUCUUACACUACAAAUAUUUGUUUAUGGUUAGACUUUUAUAAUGCCCUGAUGAUGAGUCAGUUUAGAAAGGAUUGUGUUAAAUUAUAAAUCCAUCAGCCGUUGGUGUGACAAGCAAAGAAAAGCUAUUUUUGGGGUAAAAUGUUGCUUUAAAUGAAAGCCAUAAUGUUGGCAAUGCUUAAUUUGUGUGCUGUACAGAAAUAUAAUAAAAUUCAGUUGUAUGAGUUUUUAAAAGGUAAA